AUGUCCAGACAUGUUAAGUCUCGUUUCAAUCCGCCCACUUUGCCUCCGGAGUGGGCUUCUGCACUUGAGGGUCUCCACGGGGACCCCUUUGCAUGGUUCCGAGGCCAGCUUCUGGCCUUCAUACUCCGUCUCAAAGACGAGGUGUUCAAGUGGCGUCUGGAGGCCGAAAUUAGGGACAUACGGAGUCAAAUGCCGUCCGGAUACUUCACCUGCCCUGUUGCCGGUAUUCACGUGCGUCGUACGGAUAAAAUUCAAAUGAAGGAAGCUGAAUUCCACACUCUGUCUGAGUACAUGCCUUCGGUGGAGCGCUUUUUCCAACGAAAACUGAUGGAGUAUCAGUUGAAGACAGGAAGUAAUGUGUCGCCUCCCUGGUCUAAAUGGAAGAGGGUGUUUCUGGCCUCGGAUGAUCCAUCCGUCUUUGAGGAGGCCAGACGGUCAUAUCCAGACUACGAGUUCAUCGGUGAUGAAAAACGUGCCACAUCGGCCUUCAAUCAUUCAGUUCGUGCCACACUCGGAAUUUAUACCGAUGUUCGAAUGCUGGCCAGCACUGACUUUCUGUCCUGCACUAUGUCUUCUAAUAUUUGCAGAAUGGCGUAUGAGUACAUGCUGGCUGAUAAUCGGAUGAAUAGUGAUUCAACCUUGCACGCAGAGUCGGUGGACGUAAUGUACUUCAAUGUUGGUGAGCGGAAGCGCUGGUGGCGGGCACUCGCAGACUACCCUCCACUUAACAUCUCUCGUGAUGAUCGAGUCUCUCCCAUUGAGAACAAAGAGACCUAUUUCCUGAAGGUUCAGCGAAGACAUAGUGGUUUGAAAACUGAACAAAAACUCCCGACGUUUCUUUUUGAAGAAGAAGUCCUUCGUAUCCCAGACCGUGAUUAA